CCUCAUUCAGUCGUUCAGCACUCUCCCUCAUUUCAAUAUUAAUCUUUUUUUUUAUUUUUCGUUAAACUUGCUUUACGCACCCACGCUCGCUUAAGAUGCAUACUUCAAAGUCUCUUUCGCUCCUCGCUGUUGCGUUGAUGCAGGGCCUUGCGGCCGCUGCUCCUCAGGGUGUUCAUUAUCACAUGAAUGGAACCAUCACUGCAACUGGAACUUCUACUGGAACUAGCUCAUCCAGCUCUGUCGCUUCCCCAAUUGGAACUGCACCAUCCCACUCCUUUUCGAUCCCCGUUCCCAUGGGAACUGCCCCAUCCCACUUCUCCUCGGUCCCCGUUUCCUUGGGAACCGCUCCAUCCCACUCCUCCUCGGUCCCCGUUCCCAUGGGAACUGCUCCAUCUCACUCUUUCUCGGUCUCCGUUCCCAUGGGAACUGCUCCAUCCCACUCCUCCUCGGUCCCCGUUUCUAUGGGAACUGCUCCAUCCCACUCUUCCUGGGUCUCCACUCCCAUAGGAACUGCUCCAUCCCACUCCUCCUCGGUCCCCGUUUCCAUGGGAACUGCUCCAUCCCACUCUUCCUGGGUCUCCGCUCCCAUGGGAACUGCUCCAUCCCACUCCUCCUCGGUCCCCGUUCCCAUCGGAACUGGCACCGGCUCUUCUCGAAGCUCUGUUCCGAUUACAGCCUCGUCUUCCACCAUUGCUCAUGGAACAUCAAUGGUCGAUGGCUUUACCACCACCUUGUCCACCAUGACCAAGACUAAGACUUUGACAUGGACCGUCAUGGUUCCUUGCACCACCGUUGCUGCCGGUACAACUAGCUACUACACCACCGCCUCGGUGUACACCACUUACGUGUCGGACCUGAAGACCAUCACCAUCACCUCCGCCUGCACAAAGUGUGCUUACGCCACUCCCACACCCGCUGGCCCAGGAGGUUCAGUAGCACCCGAUACCACCAUCAUCAAACCCGCCGACUCGACCCCCACUAGCUCCGUCAAGAUAAUUCAGGAGAUCAAGACCGUUGUUCCGAUCGUUGUCUCAGCCGGACAAACCACCACUGCUCCCGCGGCCAGCGUUCCUUCUAACCCUACUGGCCCUGCUAAGGGUACCACCUCUGGCUUCAGCGGAAGCGGUGUCUGCCCUGCUGUCUCUACCGUUACCGUUUACAACCCUACCACCAUUUACGCUACUGUCACCGUUUCCCCAGGUGUUUCCACUCCUUCUACCACCGUCGUCGGAUGCUCCACUGGCAAAUGCAGCACCAUCACGAACGUCUACGCGAAGACCUUCACCAACUGGAAUGGAACUGAGCCCACUGUUGCCUUCAAACCUACCGGAAAAGGCUUCGCCACCGGUCUGACAACUGAUAAAUAGGGGGGACACGCAGAUUUGAUUAAUGUUUACUUAACUUGACGAUUCGCUUUUUGGAAUUUUUUGCAAAUUUUUAUGGUCCUAUGCCCUGAUCCAUUCAACUUCUUGCUGGAUGGCCCGAGCUUUGGGGGUCCUAGUGUUUUUAAUGUUUGAUUUUUUU